GUUGACGCUGCUCCAUUCAUUUCAGUCUCAUCUGACUGAGAGGCAGACGGAGCUCUAGCGGUCAAACUCGCCACCAACUCUGCACCACUCGUCCUCAAAGUAAAACCCUCGGGCAGUCGCUGCUCCGGCUGCUCUUCUUUUUCUUUUCUUUUUUUUUCUUUCUUUGUUUGGGUUUAUUUUGCAGCGUGUGCGUGCGUUUGUUGUGGCUGCCAGCAUGCGGAGCGACGACCGAAACAAGGAAUCAAAGGCGACAUGGACAAAUCGGCAACUUUUAUUCUACAAAUGCACUUUAUAUUUAUUCAUCCUCAGUCUGGAACUGAAUAGGAGCGUAACGGCGCCAGUGGAGUCCGACGAGUUUAGCUUCUUCCUUGAGGGUGCCGAUGCGUGCCUGGGGGUGCAGGACCACUCCCUUUCCCUGUCGCACUCCUGCGAGGAACCCAACCAGCGCUGGAAGUGGGUGACCCGGGGGCGCUUGUUCAACCUGGGCUCCUCGCUGUGCCUGGGCGUGACCACUGGCAACUACACCUCCCGGCGAGACAAGUCUCCUCUCGGCGUGUACACCUGCGACCGCGAGCCCCCCAGAGUACGCUGGACCUGGAACUGUGCGCAGGUGCUGGAAAACCUCAACGGCUACAUUGCGUUGACCUCGUUUUCAAACUCCUCCAUACCCUCCUCAGCCACCAAGUUCAAAUGGAGACUAUACGGUAACACGCAAGAUCCUUGCAAAAUAUAUCAAGAGAUCUACACGAUCCAGGGGAACUCGCAUGGCCGACCCUGCUACUUGCCCUUCCUCUAUGACGGCCAGUGGUUCCACAACUGUACCAGCAUCGGGCGGGAGGACGGUCACCUGUGGUGCGCCACCACCUUUGAUUACGGCAAGGAUGAGCGUUGGGGUUUCUGUCCCGUCAAGAGCGCCACCUGUGAGACCUUCUGGGAUACUGACUCGCUGACAGACAGCUGUUACCAGUUUAACUUUCAGUCCACGCUGUCUUGGAGCGAGGCUCGGAUCAGUUGCCAGCAGCAGGGGGCAGAUCUGCUGAGCAUCACCAAGCUGCAUGAGCAGACCUACAUCAACGGUUUACUGACCGGCUACACUGCCGCUUUGUGGAUUGGCCUCAACGACCUGGACAUCCACGGAGGUUGGCAGUGGUCCGACUCCUCGCCACUGAAGUAUCUCAACUGGGAGCCAGAGCAGCCAAAUCACGCCGACGAGGAGAACUGCGCCGUGAUAAGAACUGAGUCAUCGGGUCGUUGGCAAAACCGCGAUUGCUCUGUGGCUCUGCCAUAUGUUUGUAAGAAGAGGCCCAAUGCCACCAUGGACCCUUUCACCACUGAUUCGUGGGCAGAUAAUGAUAAAUACGAAUGCGAUGUGGGCUGGCAGGCCUUCCAGGCUGGAUGCUACAAGGUGACUUCAGAUAAGAUUGACUGGGAUGCAGCUCAGAAAACGUGCCAGAAGAUGGAGGCCAACCUGGUCAGCAUCCACACUCUACCUGAGCUGGAGUUCAUCCUGCGCAACCUGAAGAAAGAUAUCGAGCAGCUGUGGAUAGGGCUCCACGACACUGACAUGCAAAUGGACUUCCAGUGGACCGACCACACGCCCGUCAUCUUCACAUACUGGCACCCCUUUGAACCCAAUAACUUUCGCAACACCCAGGAAGAUUGCGUCUCCAUCUGGGGACCUGAGGGCCGCUGGGAUGACAGCCCUUGUAAUCUGACUCUCGCCUCCAUCUGCAAGAAGCCGGGAACAAAGAGUGCUGGGAAGCCACAGCACCAAGACUGCGAACAAGGGUGGAAGUGGCACAAUCCAGCCUGUUACUGGGUGGGAGAAGACCUGCUCACCUUUGAUGAGGCCAGAAAGUCCUGUGAAGACAACAAAGCCGCUCUUGUCACCAUUACUAAUAGGUUCGACCAGGCCUUCGCCUACAGCCUGCUGUGGGGCCGCACCGGAGAUUCCUUUUGGAUCGGGCUCCAUGACCAGAGCAGCCAGGGCUCCUUCCACUGGCUCAGUGGAGAUGAGGUGUCCUACACCAACUGGAAUCGAGACGAGCCUGUCAGCAUCCGCGGCGGCUGCGUCACCAUGGCGACCGGCCAUGCAAUAGGUCUGUGGGAGGUGAAGGAGUGUGCAUCAUCAAAGGCAAAAUUCAUCUGCCGCCAGACCCAGGACGCUUCCCUGAGCCCCGAUCCCCCCGUCCCUCACCCCACACCAAGCCUCAGCGGCUCCUGUCCCACUGGCUGGAAGAGCAACAGCGACCUGCGCUACUGCUAUAAGGUGUUCCAUUACUCCCAGAGUGACCAGAAGCAGAGUUGGCUGCAAGCUCACCUGUUCUGCCGGAAACAUGGAGCCAACCUGCUGAGCAUCAGCGGCGCAGAGGAGGAGCACUUUGUCCUGCAGGUCCUCCAUGAGGCAUUUGGGGAGUCAGAGGAGCAUGAGCAGCACUGGUUUUGGAUCGGACUGAACCGCAGGAACCCCAUGGAUAAUGGCAGCUGGAAGUGGAGUGACGGACUGGCUUUAACAUACCAGAACUUUGGGCGCUACUACUACAACAUUCGGCAGUGUGUUGCAGCAGACCUGGGCACUAUGACCUGGCUGGCCAUGCACUGUGACUCUCAGUUAGACUGGAUCUGCAAGAUCCCCAGAGGUAGUGUUGAGCAGACACCAGAAAUCACCGAAGGCACUAGUUCACCAGAAUGGAUAGGCUUCCAGGAGGCGGAGUAUAAAUUUUUUGACCACCGCACCACUUGGGAUCAAGCCCAGAGGAUUUGCUCCUGGUUUGAUUCCUCCCUGGCGUCCGUCCACUCAGCUGAGGAGGAGGCUUUCCUGGCCAACACUUUGCGCAAGAUGGUCAAGGUGGAGGGGGACAACUGGUGGCUCGGACUUCACACGUACGAAAACGACGGCCGCUUCCACUGGUCCGACCAUUCUGUGCUCAAUUACGUGUCCUGGGCCCUCGGGAGGCCGCAUCCGCUCAGCCGUGAUCGCAGAUGCAUUCACAUAUCCGCCAGCAAAGGGGAUUGGGCCGAUCAGAAGUGCCACUCUGACCUGCCCUACAUCUGUAAGAGAGUCAAUGUCACAGGGACCAUUCCUCCAACGCCGUCAUCCCCCCACCCUCCAGCAGGCUGUGCAGAUGGAUGGUCUUCCUAUCAGCAUAAUUGUUUCAGAAUAUUUGAUCAGUCAAACCGCCUCACAUGGUCUGCAGCCAAACUGAAAUGUGAGGCGCAGAGAGGAGAGCUGGCAAUGGUAUCCAAUCAUUUGGAGCAAGCUUUUAUCACCACCUUGCUAACCAAUGCCAGCAUUGACCUUUGGGUGGGCCUGACAUCGGACUCUAAAGGUCAUUUCCAGUGGGCCAAGGCUGGGCUGCUCAGCUACACAAACUGGGCACCUGGAGAGCCCCUCGACAACAGUGGACCACACCACAACAAAACGCCGGGAAACUGCGUGGUAAUGAUUCAUGGGAACCCACAGCAGAAAACUGGCAUGUGGGCUUCCCGAGCCUGUGAGAUGGAAAGUAAUGGAUUCAUCUGCCAAAAGCCACAAGACAAAAGUCUCCCUCCGGCUCCGGCCCUCAUUCCUGCCUCCCUGUCAAAGCCUUUUGAACUGGGUGGAGUGACGUAUCGUGUGGUGGAGAAGCGCCUGGACUGGACCGGUGCCUUGCAUCUUUGUGAAUCUCUGAAUGGGACCCUGGCUACAGUGAAGAAUCCCUACCAGCAGGGCUACCUCACGCUGCUCAUGAACAGCCUGCGCAGACCGGCCUGGACUGCUGUCUACAGCUAUGGAGGACGAAGCUUCACCUGGCUGGGUAAUGAAGAGGUGUCGUAUUUUAAUUGGAAAGAUGGGAACCCCAAUCAGAUGGCUGGAUGCGGUCACAUGACCACCACGGGGCAGUGGACAAUAACUUCGUGCGAUGCUAAACUGGACGCGGCUAUCUGCCAGAUCGGCGACGGGCCUGCGGAUCACCCGUGGAUGUACCCCGGCCUGUGCCCUCAGACGCUGGGAGAGUGGGCGUGGGUGCCUUUCAGAAACAACUGUUACUCCUUUAACCUGCAUAGCCUCCAGCUGCAGCAGGAUGCGCGCGCAUCCUGCAACAAAAUCGGAGCUGAACUUCUUUCCAUCUUGGAUGAGACGGAGAACGGAUUUGUGUGGGAACACAUCCAGAGCUAUGCAGAACAGGCACACGGCGCAUGGCUGGGCAUCAGCGUGAAAGGUAGGGGUCUAGUUUGGAGCGAAGACGCCGAGAUGCUAUACACCAACUGGGAGACGCACGAGGUACCUUCCUCUGUGCUGUCGGUCAAGUCCUGCUUCUGGAUCCAGAGCAACAGUGGCCUGUGGAAGCCGGGCUCCUGCAGAAAUCGCACACACGGAGUCAUCUGCAAGCGUCCUCGCAGUGCUGAAACUUCAGCUGUAACAUUGGACACUGACCACCUGCCCACUCUGAUUGUUGUCAUGGUGACGGGCGUUUUGCUGGUGAUGCUGAUAGUGGCCUUGAUCUACCUGUACCGCCGGCGAACUGCUGGGUCCCAGGGCUCCUACGAAGGGGCCCGCUACAGCCGCACCAACUCCGGAGGGGGUGAGCAGAUCGAGAAGAACAUCUUAGUGUCCGACAUGGAGCUGAACGAGCAGCCAGAGUAGCCCGAGCCCCCCCACACCCCCCACCACCCCUGGACUGACCAACCAACCUGGGAUUGGACCCUAACCCUGACACAGGAGAGGCUGAUUUCCAUUUGCUGACUAAGAAUCCGAUAAAACUUUGCAGCAUGUAUUUUUUUUUGUCUCUUUUGAAAACCAAAAAAAAAAAAAAAGUUUUCAAGCAAGUGCUGAAGGGCUGUGUGGACCGCAGCAGAUGUUUAGUUUACAAAUUGAUUCCCCACUUUCUAAAUCCUCCUUUGCCAAGAGCGAAGAGCUCUUGCAAUUUCUCCCUUGACAAAUCAGAUGCAUCCAUCUGCACAUGAAGGCCAUAAUGGAUCUACUGGGAAUCAUUUUAUUGGAGUUGGAAAUAUUCAGCCUAAAACCAAAAACCCAGCAAUGACUCCUGGUGCCAAAGUAAAUUUUUGCACACUGUAUAGUAUUUUUUUUUUUUUUCUUGUUUGUUUCUAUUUUGAUUUAAAGACUUCUAAUACAACAUAAGGGACCAUCGCACCUAGAGACACAAAAACCAUUUGCCUCUAAAUAUCCACAUACUUUUCUUCAGGACCUUUUUUGUUUUUCCUUUUUGCCAUGUCAGUAUUAAUCCGAACUUUUUUUUUUUCUUGUUUUUCGUUCUCUUUCAUUUGUCAUUCUCCGUGCAGCUGUAGAGGACUGUUACUCACGAUGCAUGUGUGGUUUUGUGAGCCCGCCUCCUCUUUUCUGAUCCGACACGUCAGCACCAGCUGUCAGGCGAGCGGAGAAGGAGGAGGAGAAGAAGAAGUCCAAAUGUGAAUGUGUGGAAAGUGACAGGGACCAGUGACCUCAAACCGUCUGAGGGCACACACUAUAAUUGUGCACAUAAGUAGAAGUUUGUUUUGAGAGCCGGUCUUUAAAUAGACUACAUUGUCUUUUUUUUGAUACAGCGGGACUGAAGGUUGUCAUCAAAUGAUCAGAUGUUUUGGCACUUUCUUCUGUUAUCUUAAUCUAAUUCAUCCUCUUGCUUUUAGUCACUAGCUGCUGCUCUUUGAUUCCUAACGUCAGUUUGUUUUGGCUCUCCGUGCCACCAUCUGGAGCCGAUUCAGCAUUUUUUGAGGGCAGUGAUUUCUUUUUUUAUGCACCGUGAAAAGGGUCUGCAAUUUAAUAUUUCUCUGAUUUAUCAUUUUAAUGGCCCAAGGCUCGCUUCUGUGUAUGUUAUAUCACUAGGACAUUCGCCUCACUUUUUAACGAUGCAGGUUGCAUAAUGUGAUUUGACUUCGGUAUAGCUGGUAAAGACAUUUGGAAGCAUUCCUACUUCAACUUCUCAUUGCCCCGCGGAGGAAAACAGGCCUCAUGUGAAUGACAUGAACACACAUGAGAGCCAAAGAAUGUCUUAAACCCAGAUUCAGUCUUCCGAGUUCAACCAAGUUGGUGUGCACCCUGAGACAUUUUCCUUUUUCUUUCAACUGUUGCCUCUGAGUGCAUUUCAGUCUUCCUGUUAGGAGGAAUGCUUUGGAGCCAUUUCAGUCUGAAGCUUUUGGUGUUUCAGUGAGCUGCUGUGAAAGGGGAAAAAAAACAGCUCUUUUUGCUCCACAAGUUGGACUAAGAUUGAGGGGGAGGGGAGGAGGAGAGGGUGUAAGUAGGGGUGUGUGUUUUUGAGUGUGCGUAUGUGUGCAGUCUCCAGCUGUGGAAUGUUGAGUCGGCAAGAAGAGCUCAGUGGCACGUCUGGAACCAAUCAGAGAAGGAAGGCUUAGGGACAUGAAGGGUCAGAGAGAAAACUGGUAAGAAAAAAACAAAAAAGGAAAGCAAGAGGAAGGAGGAGUGUGAGGAGGAGUCGGAGAUGUAGGUAGAGGAGGAGGAGUGGGAAGGUUGCAGCGGUUCGGUCUGGGUUUACCCUGUCCUCUGCUGGUGGAUUACUGUAUACGUUUGUCUGAAUAUGCAGUAUAUGAACUGACUGAGGUGGAUGGGUGACGGCCCUCAGUGUGCUCUCCAGUGUCUCUGACGCAGGCCGGCUCUUGUCCUGUUAAAGAUACCCGAAGCACCUGUUCAAAUUUUUUGACUUUCUUUUUGUCAUUUUUAUAUGAAAUAAAUAAAGUCUAUGUUCUCAAA